CGUUUCGAUAUCUGAAAAUCAAAAUGGAAUUUUGAUACACGUGUGCCCUAAACCCCUCACAUCGCGAUAAACCCUUGCCUUGCACCUUCCUCCGUAAGCUGCACCCAAAUUUGUGGUUCUUCAUCAAAUCUAGUUCACACUUCACUGACCGAGAAAAAGAGAGAGGAUGGGAAGGUCGCGAAGAAAGUACAAGCAAUCUCGUACAAAGGUUAGAGUAGGGUUGCCGAAGAAGAAACCGCGGGUUUUCAAGCCGGCGUUUUCCGUUCCGUCGAAGCUGGCAGAGUCAGUGGCGGACCUCGACCCCACCUGGGACGACCAGGGAACUGUAACUCAGAACUAUAAGUCCUUCGGUGUCGUCUCCAACCCUAAUUUGCUCAGCACCGAAUAUCGCACUCCACAAAUCGUCGACACCGAGUCGCUUCAGGAUCCACCUCCCCCCGCCGACGACUACUCCGCCCUUGACGAUUCCGGCAGUGACCUCGAAGAAGACGAUUUGAAGUCAGCUCUAGGAAAGAAGAGGAGAGAUGGUAGGGGUGCUCUUCCUCAACCUUUGACUGCGAUUCAGCGCGUUCAUAUCAGCCGGCUGGUUGAUAAAUAUGGAGAUGAUUACAAGAGUAUGCUCAUGGAUAUAAAGCUAAACCCCAUGCAGCAUUCAGUUGCAACUUUAGAGAAGCUAUGCAAGAGGUAUCAUAUGCAUAAAAACAAGAAUCCCCUUAUUUUGAGCAAGUGAAAUAUGCCAUACUGAAGGUUGUAAUUUUGAUCUAUGGAUGUUGUCGUUAUUACUCUGGUUCCAAAUCAAAUUUUGCGACACUGAGGAUGUAUUUUUCAUCUUUUACAUUACAUGUACUUACUGACACACUUCGAAACGAAACAAGUUUGAUCAUUGGGAAAUCCUGUUACUGCU